GCUGCUGAAGUGGAGGGCAGCGCUUUAGGAGGACGGGAGAAUAGAGAGGGGGUCUGUGAAACGUCAGAAACAGCACAAAGGCAUCGCCACGUAAUUACGGGUUCCUAUUAGGGUCCAUAUACCCUCCCAGGGGUCUCAGCGUUUCAUUUACUCCCCGGAUGGUACAGGCAGCAUCCGCAGCGUGCCAGCGUGAGGCUCGUUUGAAGUUGCAGGGCGAGAGAGAAGCAGCGAGAACGAGAGAGAGGGAAAGAGAGAGAGGGGGGGAGCAAGAGAGAGAGAGAGAGAAUGUCGACUGAUUCUCACUGAGAAAAAGCAAUAGCUCCAAGAAAGGCGGCGGCGUCCAGCCUCUCAGUGCCAUAGCUGAGCUGAGCCAGCUUUACGCACACACGAGCGCAUCUGUUCACCAUCAGCACUUUCUACUAAACUCAGUCAGUUGCGACCGUGAGUCAACAGGAGUGGGAAGUGGGACAGGACUUUUUAAGAGUACUUCUUGAAAACCCAGCUGCAGGAUGCUGUGCUUUUAUAUGGUGACCUAUAUUUGUUGUUUAUGUAUGGAUGGGCCAGAUGCGUAGAGAUUUGUGAUCCCGGGAAACAAACGAGGAGAAAAGCUUUUCUCCUCUGUCUGUAGAAGUUUGGUUUACCACUACUGUUCCGCCUGGAUGUGAGCCGCAACUUUGCUUUGCUUGGAAAACGUAGGUUUCUCUGUUGGUUUGCAGGCGCUGUUCCUGUUCGUGAGUUCUGGGAUCAAUUUGGCUCGCUUAUUAUUAUUGCUCAGUUUUUUUUCUUCUACUGCAUCCUAUUUGCGUCAUGACUUCUAGCUAUGCACAUGGAAUGGACAGGCAAGCAACGAUAUCAAAUCGUUUGGAGAGUUCGAUUACAUCCAAUCUGGAAAACCUUCAAGCCAAAAAGAACUUCUCCGUGAGCCACCUGUUGGACCUGGAGGAGGCCGGAGAAAGGGUUGGGACCCAGGCGGACGAGAGUGUCGGUGAGGCGGGGAGGAAUAUGCUGGAGUCCCCUGGGCUGACCAGUGGAAGCGACACCACUCAGCAGGAGAAUGAGCAGCUGAAUGCGGAGGAGAAGAAAAAGAGGAAACAGAGAAGGAACAGAACUACAUUCAACAGCAGCCAGUUGCAGGCUCUGGAGAGGGUGUUUGAGAGGACACACUACCCUGAUGCCUUCGUCAGAGAGGACCUGGCACGCAGGGUCAACCUCACAGAGGCACGGGUGCAGGUGUGGUUUCAGAAUAGAAGGGCAAAGUUCCGUCGGAAUGAGCGCGCCAUGUUGGCCAGCAAGAACGCCUCGCUCCUCAAGUCUUACUCCGGGGACGUCACGGCCGUAGAGCAGCCCAUCGUACCCCGCCCUGCCCCCCGCCCAAACGAUUACCUGUCUUGGGGUAGUGCCUCUCCUUACAGCUGGUACCCAAUGCCGGAGGGAGGGCCAAUGCGAGUACCACAGAAAAUGCUGCCCUCAGAAAUACCAUGGCAACCUACCCCCCCACAUGUUCCAACCCCAAUACAUCCCAGGGAAUGAACAUGGCUAACAGCAUCGCCAACCUGCGGCUCAAAGCCAAGGAGUACAGCUUGAACCAGGUGCCCACGGUUAACUGAGGAGAGAGGGGGGAGAGAGUGCUUCACGGUGGGGCUGGGGGCAGGAGCAGGGACUCUCUCUCUCACGUCUGUCCCACACAGAAAGACAGUCAGACCCCAGCCUGGCCCCCACAGGGAUGAUCAAGAUCUGACCACCCUCCAUGGAAUUUUAGCUUGAAGUCUCCUCUCGCUCCAGAGCUUCGUCGCUAUAGUGAUGGACGUGCUUCCUAUACUGUCCUCAUACCUGAAGCAUCAGAUGAGAAAGCAAGUGACGCGGGGGAAAUCUGAGAGGCUGUUUCUGUGAGCUGCCUCUCUCCUGUCCUGAGCAUCGCUGAAAUGUCACUGUCUGUACCUUCCAAUGACACCAAAGACAUCGAGACUGAGACUGGACGCUUUAGUAGUUUUUAUUAUUUCUUUCAAUUUGGUGUUGACUGAAUGAAAGGCUAAUUUCCAAAGAUAUCAAUGGAGAGGUGUUCUCUCAGACCCUGACAAAAUAAAUCUGAUUGUCAGACUGUCAGUGUCUGUCUAUAGUUUGACUCACGUUCAAGACCACAGUGCCUUGCUGGGGGUGAGGAGGAGACACCAGUAUGGGCUGCUUUUCAAAUGGAAUGUCUUUUUAUAAUAGAGCUGAUCAAUAGGAUUAUAACACCAGAAUGGGAUGAGCAACGUUUUGAUCAACAACAACAAACAACAACAAGGACUUAUCCCUGCAAAUUGGGAGGUCGCAAACAUUUAUACAUUUAAAGAAUUUUAGUUUUCACAUACUGUAUCUUUCUAUUUUAUGCCACUGACAAGCAAACUUUUUUUUCCCGACGCAUUUUGAUUCAUGUAAUGGUACACUAUACCGGAAAGGCUAAUGUAACCUAUUUCUGAAUCCAAGACUGUAGUUUCUCUUAAUCUUGGUAUGAUAUCCUUUAUUUGUAACAGAUAAUCAUAUAUAUGAAUAAAAUACAUUUCAAGCAAAGUAAA